AUCUUCAAGGAAUAGAAGCAUCACUGCUGGUAAGAAAUGUUUCCCCAUGUGCAUCCUCGAUCUCAGAAUCUAACAUUGAACUACAGUGAGUCCUCAGAGGAUACGUUUGGACACUGUGGUAACCUGGUGGAAGGUAUCAUCGUUUGGGCUUCUCUCAGUGCACUGUUCUCAUUGAUUGGAUGUCCUGCAUGUGGAGCUGUUAUCUGGGAAAUUUGGAAAAAACACAGAACAGGAACCUCACUGACCCCUAACAAUGUCUUCAUGCUCAAUCUCACCAUUAUGGACUUGGUCUUCUUGUUUUUUGUCCCAUUCGGGCUGUGCAACUUCUUACUGUGGCACAUAAUGUCCGUCCAAAUGUUAAGCAAUUUUCUGUAUGCCUUGAACUUGGCUGGACGACCUCUGCUGACAGCCUGUAUCUGUCUGGACUGUUACGUGGCUGUGGUCCAUCCUAUCACCUACAGCAAAAAGAAGAGCUUGACUCCCCGGGUGCUCAUGGUCGCUGCUGUUUGGACCAUCACAGCUGCUCAAGGGUUCACGUCCACAGUUGUCGAUGAGUUGAACCACAGUGCCUGGGCCAUGUUUGUGUAUGUCAUAGCACUGCCUGUCAUUGUCAUCUCAGAUGUCUCCAUCCUCUGGACUCUGAAGAAAUCCCAUCGAGCAGGAAAGGCCCUCCACCAGAAGAAGAAGAAGGCUUUCCAGAUCAUCACAAACAGCAUGGUCAUGACCAUCGUCUCGUACGUCCCUCCGGUGUUGGUAUACAUUCUUGGUGAUCUGAUACUAAGUGAUGAAAAAGAGUAUGAUUGUUUAUUAGCAAUACCUAUCCUGGUUACCCCAACUGCUGGGAGUGCAAUCAUGCCACUGCUCUAUCUGGGUAAUCUAGGGACUUUGAAGAACCCCUGCUGCUCAUUGUAA